CAGUACGCAUAGAAAUAUCCGCGUAUAGUUGAUUAGCAGCGAUUUCGUUUUAAAGCACGUGAUUUGGGCAUAGUUCUGCUAAUUCAACAGGCAAACAAAGAUUGCUGUAUGAGCUGCUGUAAGAGCGCGAAAGAGAUAAAGGCAGAGACAGUAAAAUGAAAUAUAAAAGAAAUUUAUGGGGAGAAAGAAUAUGCAAGGAAUAUAUGCAGGAGGCAGAGAUUCUUAUAUUUAUUGGUGAUUGCUGCGUAGAGAAUUUACAAUAUACGUACUCCUGCUACUCUUGUUGCUGCUACAGCUGCUGUUUGCUGUAAUAUUUAUACACCACUCGGGCCGAUGCACUUACAAUUUACUGCCUAAUUAUGCCUAACACUUGACUGGAUUUCUCGUACAUCGUCUAGAGAAACGCUAAUCAAGUGCUAAGCUCACUAUAAAUUAUUGUUCGAGUUCGCAUCCUGUAGAGUAAAAUGUUGCUGUUUACUGAGAGUGAUGUUGCUGCCUCUGCUGCUGCAUCAAUCUAGUUAUGUAACGUAGAUACAAAAUCCAGCCAAAGUACUUCCUUUAAAUGCAGAUACUUGAUAGUAAAUAAGUAUUCCGAAGCCUGCUACGUACGACCAGCCAUUUAAUUUUUAUAUCUGGUAGGCGGUUAGCGGUUGGCGGUUUCAGUGUAUAUGCGCAGCAGUUGGAGCGGUAUAAGGAUAGAAAGUUUUGAUUGAUGCAUGCGUAAAUCUUGAAACCUGUACUUGAUCCAAAAGUUCAGCGAAAUCUAUGAUAUCGGACAAAUAUUUGAAGGCAGUCCAGUAGUAUUUAUAGCGGCAUGCUUAAAUGCGUAGACAAUGCCGUAGUACGUAUAACUGGUGCAAGUAGCUGUAGCCGGUAGCUGUGUGUUGCUGCUAUAUGCUGUUAUUCACUUCAGUACGCUUCAUCGUACGUUGUUCAUCUUCGUUUGGGUGGUAGUUAAUGACUUUUUGAUGUUGGUGGUCUGCUGUUUCGAGUUCUGAAUGGUUGCUGUUUCCCCGAAAGAUUUUAUUUCUCCAAGUUUGCAGCACAGGUUAAUCAGUGAAUUUUCGACACUUCCGAAGUUAAACUGCGAUUCAAGGGGUGCGAUGACUGGGAAGUUCAAAACUAAAAAAAUCUUGGUAAAUGAGAGACGAUUUUGGUACAGGUAGGUGAUUGUAAAUUUAUGUAAUAAUGAGUUUUAUUGCAGAACAAGAUUUACCAAUUUAGAAAUAAAAAUAAAAUUGGAUGUGACGUAUCAAAACUGUUUUUUUAUUGAUAAAUAUAUUAGGCCCAGAAUGAAUGAUAAUAAAGUUAGCACUUCAAACUCAGUCUUUUGCGCUUUUUACUCAUUACAGUUUCUCGUCCGAACCCAGUUUUCUUGAUAAACAUACGAUCUAGAGAAGGGUUGGCCAUGUGUCUUUUUCUGGUCGAGAUAUCCUGUCCUUCACGCUAUUAGCAUCACGUUUGAUAAAAGUGCACUGAGUUAGUAGGCACAAAAAUGAAAUCCAGGAAGCAUAAAGCAAUUCAAACUUCGGGUUCGCAACGGUAAUGUGUUAUGUGGCUGUUGGUGUAAGUUGCCCAAUAUUUUUGUGGGACUCUGCUGUACUGAUGUGACCACCGGAUAUAAAACUACUUCGCCAAUUGAUAGUUUGCGCUUCACCGCCGCAAUCGAAUUGUUCGUUCGAGGCUGUCAUUCCACAGGGUCAGCGUACAAAAUCCACUGGCCCUGAAAUAGUAGAAAGGUUGUGUUUUCCAAUAGCCAUAUUCCAUCACUUGCAUUAAAAAAAGUCCUUAAAAUACCACCUGCUGUUCGAAGGUGUCAUAAAAGAGUAGAUUCCUUCAUUUGUGGAACAAGACCAAAACAUGCACCAUAAAUUGGCGAAAGCUCGUGUGAAUUAUAUGCAUAUUUAAUAUAUUCCGUGCAUGAAACGGCAAGGUUUUUUUUUUUACAAACCUCGAAGCACCAUUAAAAAGUACCUCAAACCAUUUGUCGUCUAAAACCUGUAGGCUCCUCCAUUUGUGGAACAACAUCGAAAUGCACGCCAAAAAUGGGAGAAGGAGCUCGGUGAAACAUCCAAACCAGGUGUACGCGCCAAUUAUUUAUUUUUAUAUAUUCCAGGUGUGAAGAGUUCAAGCUAUUAUUUUAAUUCGCAAUGUGUGGUCCAUGCAAACUGGAAUUAAGUUCUUAAAUAAUAAAUAAACUACUCUGUAACUUAACUUACUUAUACUUCAUUAUGUUCUGCUUAUUAUGCUAGAAAUUCACAUUUGAAAUGUAUGCCAUAUCUAACUUGGUAACCCCUCGCUGUUGCCAAUAGUGGUUUUUUCAAUUACCAUGGUGUUUAACGAGCAAAGAUUUAUUUCUUUAGUAAGCGUACGCAUUUGCUCUCAACUACAAUAACUAAUUUCAAAAGAAAAAGCUCGGUUUUUAUAUUCUUUUUGUUUUAUAAAUUCUAAUAAUUUUAGUUGCGGAACUCAUAUGAGCCGUAAUAUUAACAUAAUGCCGAAGAUGAAGAUACGCAUACGGAAUGCCUGGUAUGAACCAGACUUGAGUAGUGAGGGGAUUUAUCUUUGUCCAAUGCCUCAACCACCUCCAUCGCCAGCAGGUGCGUUAUGGUCCACAAACUUGAAACCGCACGAAAGGCUCUUCUAUCAUCAGACAUUGAAUUCUGUACGACAAAGUAAACGUUUUAUUGCAACACCACAAAUACCUCGUGAUUCGUUGGAUUUUAGGCUACAAGCGCGCUACGAUCACUCCCAUGAAAUAUUUCCAGAACCCGUGGAUACAGUAUUACAACGAGAAACUUGUGCCUACCAAAGAAUUGAUGGUGAUAGCCAAGAUAAUAUUGUGGAGCUGAAAUCCUUUCGUGUUUUACAGAAUGUCAAGACAGUACAGUUGCCAGCAAGUGACGCCCAAGAUCAUCCUUUAAAAAUUGGUGGUAUUAAAGAGAAGAUUUCGCCACAUAGUGUUAAAUUAAUCAACAGUGGUGUGCACAGUCAAUUGGUAAACAAUGGAUUUUCACGACAAACUGGAGAUGGGAAUUUUUUCCGUUAUUAGACAUAACUUUUAUUUAUAACAUAAAAAUUAAUUGAAAAAUUGCUUCAGAAAAUGUCGUUCAUAGUAGC